GCACUAAUUUUAUUUUUCUAAAAAAAAAUAUCUAAACUUUUUACAAAAUGGCCCUACGUUUUUGGUUGCUAAUGCUACCAAUCCUAGCGUAGCUUGCAUUACUUCGCGAAGUAGCCUUUGUCUGCUUCCUCAUUUUCCCUUUGCUUUUCUGGGACCGAUUUAAUCUGCUCUUUCUGCUAAUUUGUCCUUGUUUAGCAAUGUUUAUCCUUUGGCCUAUAAUCUUGAAUCAAGAAUUUAAAGUAACGAAUCUUGAAAGUUGAGAAAAAAAAUCAUUCAUUCUUCUCUGUAAACCUGAGAUCAUGAAAUCUUGAUUCUUUUGGAAGUUAUUUGGGUCUGAAACAUGCUCUCGAAAACACCCCACAUAAGGCCAACCCCUAAAUCUUCUGCAGCUUUUCAUCAUAAGCAGAAUCCGUUUUUCAAGAUUGCUUGCUGUGUGAAGAAUGGUUCCUCGGAUUCUCCGAAUUCAGCACCUCCUUCUUCGACCCCGGAUAACAAAUUUGGGUUCAAGCUGGUGGGGCAGUCUCUUGGCGAUAUCAAUCGGAAGUUCAAUGAUAUUGAUACAAAUUCAAUGCAAGAAUCAGUAAACCAAUGGCUAUCAAAGACCCAAAACUUUUUCAAUGAAGUAACUUCUCCACUUGUAAAAUCUGUUCAUGAUAGAAAGCCUAGCCCUCAGAGUGACAGUGAAGAUAUGGAUGAUGUCUUUAUUAUUGAACCGACUAUUGAUUCAAGAACUCCUGGAGGAGAGCUUUCUGAAGCUGCCAUCGUUUCCAUUGAACAAUUUAGCCGGAUGAAUGGGUUGACAGGACAGAAAAUGCAGAAAAUAUUUAAAGCCCUUGUUCCCGAAUCAGUUUAUAAUGAUCCACGUUAUUUGGUGGAGUAUUGCUGCUUCAGGUUUUUGUCAAGGAAUAACGUUGAAGUUCAUCCUAGCCUCAAGGAACCUGCAUUUCGGAGACUAAUUUUUAUAACUAUGCUUGCAUGGGAGAAUCCUCUGCGGAAAGGAAAGGGUAACCGAGUUAAAUUAUUCAAAGGGAGUAAUUUUCAGAAGAAGCUCGUGGGAGAAGAAGCUUUUGUUCGCAUUGCUCCUGCUGUUUCUGGUGUAGCUGAUUGUCCCACUGCACAUAAUCUUUUCAGAGCUUUAGCUGGUGAAGAAAAGGGCGUCUCAUUUAGCAUAUGGUCCACAUAUAUUACCGAACUUGUCAAAGUGCAUGAAGGCCGAAAGUCUUAUCAAUUUCAGGACAUCUCCCAAUUUCCUAAGGAAAAAAUCCUGUGUCUUGGUUCCAGUCGAAAGCAGCCUGUUCUAAAAUGGGAGAAUGACAUGGCAUGGCCGGGAAAGGUCACUUUGACCGACAGGGCACUUUACUUUGAGGCAGCUAGCUUGGUCGGAGGAAAAGAUGCUGUAAGGCUGGAUCUUACUCAUCACAAUUCAAGAGUCGAAAAAACAAGGGUGGGACCCUUAGGAUCAAAUGUUUUCGACUCUGCAAUCUCCAUCACAUCUGGUCCGGAGCCUGUGACGUUGGUACUUGAGUUUGUCGACUUAGGUGGUGAAGUGAGAAGAGAUGUGUGGUAUGCAUUCAUAAGCGAAGUUAUCGGAUUAUACAAAUUUAUACGCGAAUAUGGACCCAAGGAUAAUGAUGAGUCGGUGUAUGACAUAUACGGUGCUCACAAAGGGAAGGAUAGGGCAGUCACUCAUGCCAUAAACGCCAUUGCUAGACUUCAAGCUCUCCAGUUUAUGAAGAGGACAUUCGACGAACCUACUAAGCUGGCCCAGUUUUCAUAUUUACGUAAUGCACCAUAUGGGGAGGUUGUUCUUCAAACCCUCGCUGUAAAUUUUUGGGGCGGGACGGUAAUCAAGAAACUAACGGACAUUGACAGCGAGCUGGAGCUGCUUGUGAGACCCAACGGUGAGGCUUCUGAGAGUAGCAAUCAUGUUUUUGACAUAGAUGGAAGUGUCUACUUGCGAAAAUGGAGGAGAUCAGCAUCGUGGGGAACUAGUGCUUCAUUGGCUUUCUGGAAGAACGCUGUGGUCAGACACGGAGUUGUGCUUAGCAAGAACCUCGUUGUAGCUGACAUGAGUUUGGUGGAGAAGGCGUCGAUGAUAUGCAGAGAUAAGUGCAAGGUAGUUGAGAAAACACAAGCUACAAUCGAAGCUGCAAUGAUUGAAGGAAUUCCUAGUAACAUCGACCUUUUUAAGGAGCUUGUACUUCCUCUAACUCUCACUGCCAAAAAUUUCGAACGACUCAGGCGCUGGGAUGAUCCCCUUGUUACUGCAUCUUUUCUUGGACUUGUAUAUACACUUAUCUUUAGAAACCUGAUGUCUUAUAUAUUCCCGGUGACGUUGAUGAUCUUCGCGGCUGGGAUGUUAGUGCUGAAGGGGCUCAAAGAGCAAGGCCGUCUUGGGAGAUUCUUCGGGAAAGUUACUAUAUAUGAUCAGCCUCCAUCGAACACAAUCCAAAAGAUUAUUGCACUGAAAGAAGCCAUGCGCGAAAUGGAGAAGUCCCUCCAGAAUGUGAAUGUUGUACUGCUCAAGAUUCGCUCCAUCAUUCUCGCAGGACACCCUCAGGUGACGAUGGAGGUUGCUCUUUCGCUACUGGUUGGUUCAACCAUUCUUCUUCUGGUUCCAUUUAAAUAUGUGCUUGCUUUCUUGAUUUUUGAUCUCUUCACGAGGGAGCUCGAGUUCAGGAGGAAGAUGGUGGAGGCGUUCGACAACUUUUUGAAAGAGCGGUGGGACGGGGUGCCUGCGGCUCCUGUGGUUGUGCUGCCAUUGGAGGAGAAGGAAGAGGAGAAGAAACAACUGGAUAAGCUCAAACCAGAAAGAAGUUAGUUUAGCAUGGAUUUCUGGUUCUGGUAGAUUGCCUUUUUUCUCUUUUUCUUUUUUUCUCUUUGCUUUUUUUGGGCAAUUUCUGUUUUGACUGGAUUGAUCAUACAUUGAGUCAUAUGAUUUCUUGAGUUGCUAAAGCGGCAACAAUGGGAGAAAGGGCUCUGUUUAUAUGUUACUGAAAUCAGUCAUGGCAGAAAGCAAAGAGUAAAUCAUAGUUUUCAAUCAGAGUGCUCUGAGUUUGUUGAGUAUAAAACAAAUCGACCAAACUCAAGCUUAGGAAAUUAAUAAAUACUAUAUUUAUGUAGUUUAACUUAAUA